GGAGUGACAUUGGCGGAUGGUAAAUUUUAGAAACAUGAUUCCAGCGCGAUUAGCGAAUUCUCUCCGUAAUCUUUUCAAAUUGUCUUCCGUUAAUCGUGCAUCGAGCAAGAAUCAUUCAUUCAUUUUUCUUUAAAGUAUUUGUUAAAUGCGAUUAAGAGAAUUGUGAAAUCAUCACUAACAAUAAAAGAACAUUCAUUAAUUUACGAGAAAUCGAAUCCGAGUUCGUUGAAACAAAUGUCUGACAAGAAAUCAGCAAAUUGUAUCACUACUUUUAGCAAAGAGGAGUAUACGGAUUACCAAAAAUAUCUCUCGUCAAAGCAGGAGUGGCCUGGGAUUAAUGUCAAAGCCGAUUCACGAGCAACAUUAAAUGUACCCGUGCUCAUUAUGGAAUUAUUUCGAUUGGUACCCUACAAAGAAGGCCGUUACGUGCAUUUUCACCCAUUCAAUAUGCCUUAUAUUAAAGUACGUAAAAUUGAGCUAGUUGGAACCGUUAGGAAUGUUAAGCGUAAUGCUAAUAAUCUAUCUCUGACAAUUGAGGAUGGAACAGGAGUGGUGGAAGUUAAUUAUAAAUUAGAACAAUACAUGUUAUCAUUGAAACAACGGCAACAAAUUGAUGAGAAGUAUAGGCACCAAGCUGAAAAUUUGAGAAGCAAUAAGAUGAAAAUGAAUAAAAAUUAUCCAAAGAAGUUUCCCAAGAUACGUCCAGGAUUCUCCUAUCCAUGUGAUGUAUCUCUGCAUGAUGUAGCUAUUCUGGAGAAUGAAUGGUGGUCAGAGACAAACGGUGGCUUGUUAGGUAAAGAAAUUCAACCUUUUGAUUAUGUACAUGUCAUUGGAUAUCCAUAUUUUGAUACAAAGUUCCAAAAGAUGCCAGAAGAAAUUACAGCAGAGUUUAUUGAGCAUGCAAGACUGACUGUGUUUGCAUUAUUUGUUACAUGUAUCUCUGAAGAGAUGUAUAAUAAAAAAUUAUCAAUAUGGAUAGACACCACUAUUCGCCAAAGAUAUACUGAGAAUCAAGGCUAUACAAAAAAUAAAUAAGUCUAUAGAAAUUACAUUGAGACUAUGUAAUGUAUGUUAUUUUUCUACUUUUUUAUCGUUAUAUAUAGGUUGUAUAAGAUUAUAAUUAUAACGUUAUAUGAGGAAGUCAUGUAAAUCUUGAUGUCUCAAAUAUAAUUUUAAUACAUUAAUAGCAAA